UUCUGAGCAGCUGUGUGGGGGAGGUACAGUAUAAAGGAGGAACCUGACGUCCCCCUCCCCUGGCGGCCAUUACAGGAGCCCAACACCAGCUUUCCUGCCCUGGAGAAGGCCUAGAUAAGGAAACUGAGACCCCCAAAGAGACAAUAAUUUACCCAAGGUCACCUCCAACAUGCAGACGCCUGUUGUGAUGCCUCUGCUGCUUGUGUCCAUGGGCCUCAUGGAAGCACUUCAGGCCCAGAGCCACCCCAUCACACGACGAGAACUCUUCUCUCAAGAAAGGCCCCUGGACAUGGCCCCAACCUCCUUCGACGACCAAUACGCUGGCUGUGCGGCAGCCAUGACCGAUGCUCUCCAGGAGCUCAACCGCACGGAGUUCCAGACCAACAAAGUGUAUGCUGACGGCUGGGUGCUGGCGAGCAGCCGAUGGCAGGAGCGCCAAGCCUGGGGACCCCGACCCCCACCCCCACCCCCCGGCUUCCGUGAUGAGCAUGGGGUGGCCCUCCUGGCCUACACGGCCAACAGCCCCCUGUUCAAGGAGUUCAAUGCGGCCCUGCGCGAGGUGGGCCGCACCCGAGCCCACUACCUCCAACACUUCUCCUUCAAGACAUUCCACUUCCUGCUGACCGAGGCUCUGCAGCUGCUGGGCAGGGCCCGGCACUCCCCCCGCUGCCAGCAGGUGUUUCGGGGGGUGCAAGGCCUGCGCUUCCGGCCAGCGGGGCCGGGGGCCACUGUCCGGCUGGGGGGUUUCGCCUCGGCAUCUCUGCAGAAUGCCGCCGCCCAGAAUUUUGGGAAGGAAACCUUCUUUGGCAUCUGGACCUGUCUCGGGGUCCCUAUCAGGGGCUACUCCUUCUUCCCUGAGGAGGAGGAGGUGCUGAUCCCUCCCUUUGAGACCUUCCAGGUGAUCAACACCAGCAGACCGGCCCAGGGCCCCACCCGCAUCUACCUCCGGUCCCUGGGCAAGCACAGCACCUACAACUGCGAGUAUAUCAAAGACAAGCAGUGCAAAUCCAGGUCCUGCCAUCUGGAAAACUCGGCCACGGAUCGGGGCCCCCUUUCUACAGUCUGGUGCCUUGCACUGCUGCUGUGGCUCCUUGUCGGGGGGGCCUCCCCAGAGAGCCCAGGCCUCCUCUGACCCGUCAGACUCUGAACAGCCCUGCCUGCCGCCUCUGCCCAACACGAGACGUCGGCCACAUGUGUGCUUUCUUUUUUUUUUUUUUCUUUUUUUAAAAUUUAUUUAUUUUUUUAAAUUGAUUAUGCUGUUACAGUUGUUCUAUUCCCCCCUUCAUUCCCCUCCACCCUGCCCCCCCA